AUGCCCUCCAUUUCCAACUUGAACUACGAAGUUCCAGUUCUGGUGUCCCCAUCACAAAUUGAAACUAUUGCCAUUAUUGGUGGUGGAGCUUCAGGGGCUAUUAUAUUGGACAGCUUGCUCAAAGAACCAAACUCUAGAAUCAAAAGUAUAACUAUAUUCGAAAGACAACAAAAAGUGGGGGGGAUCUGGUAUUUCAAUCCUCAAACUAUACCAACUCCCAAUCAUAUCGUUAAAGCAGGCAACAUAAAUUUCCAAAAUGAUCCACAAUUAAAUAACCCAUUUCAUGUUCAUAAGUACACUCGAAAGUUGAUUCUUCCUAAAAACACGCAAGAAAGAUUUAUCCAGACCCCUAGCUAUCAUGGUAUCAAAACCAACAUCAUUGAGAAGAUGAUGACGUACAGUGACAAAAAUAAGUGGCCAGUGGAAGGUGCUGAUGAGGAAAGAAAAUACGUUGCUGGAACAGUUGUACAAGAAUACAUCGAGGAAUACAUUGGUCGAAAUUUGUAUGACCCAAGAGUCAAUUUGAAACUAGGAUCGACUGUUGAAGACGUGGAAAGAAUUGAUAGAAAUGAUGAUGCUCCAAUACCCUACAAGUUUCGUUUGACAAUACGAGAGCAAUAUGAUGACAAACAGGACUACUGGUACCAAAAAGAGUUUGACUCGAUCGUCGUGGCAACCGGACAUUAUCAUGUACCCUUCAUUCCAGGAGUGUCAGGCUUGAGAGAAUUACAAGAAAAGCAUCCUAAUGUUGUACAACAUGCUAAGUUUUAUCGAAGUUCGGAUUCAUACAAAGACAAGACUGUGGUAGUUGUUGGCUCGCGUGCUUCAGGUAGUGAUUUAACGAAGUUUGUUGCGAGAGAGCCUGGUACCAAAGUUUAUCAAUCAAUCCGUAACAUUGAUCGUACCAAAGUUUUUUCAAAUAAGCCCAACGUAACAACGAAGCCUGUUAUAGAGAACAUUGAGUUAUCAAAGAAUAACAUUGUUGUUAGAUUCGCUGAUGGGUCAGUCGUCACCAACCCUGAUCACAUAAUUUAUUGUACUGGGUACCUUUUUUCCUAUCCAUUUUUGGAUAGAUUGUUUGACAAGUCUCUUACGAACGAUGGAAUAACAGUUUCAAAUUUAUAUCAGCACACUUUUAUCAUCAAUGAGCCAUUGAUCACUAUCAUUGGAGUCCCUGUCGAUGGCGUUUCCUUUAGAGUAUUCGAAUAUCAAGCUAUCUUAUUGUCGAGAUAUUUAACAGGCAAGAUUGAAUUAAUUUCACGCAACAAGCAACUUGAAUGGGUCAAACAGAGGUAUGAAUUGAAAGGGAACUCUAGAUUGUUUCAUACCAUUGGCGUUACAGAUGCUUUAGAAUAUGCAAAAACAUUAACACAAUUGGGUCACGUUCUGGAAAAGGUAAGAGUGGGUCGUCAGUUUCCUUCCAUGACAGAUGACGAUAUAGCUGUGUAUAAGGAGGCAGGGGAGAAGUUGAGAAAAUUUUGGGACGAAAGAUAG